ACCCCCACGUCUCGAUGUCCUCCUUUGCUCCCUAGUCUAAUGCAAGAAUUAGGACACAAAGUUGUGGUCAUUUGACCAUACCUAUCCCCUUUGAUUAUACUCUUAACAUUCACUACUUCCACCCGCUAAUCGCGCAGUCUUCUCUGCCACCACUUUGCCUCACUCCAAAGCUAAAACCCUCCUCCCUUUUCCCCCAAUUUCUUCUCCUUCAAUUCUCUCAAAUCCCAACACACCCUUUUCUCCAAUCUCUCUUUAUCAAUCAAAUGGCGGAAGAAGAAGGAACAGGGGAAGAAUACCUAUUCAAAAUAGUAGUAAUUGGGGAUUCAGCAGUUGGAAAAUCUAAUUUACUAUCAAGAUUUGCAAGAAAUGAAUUUGAUCAUAACACAAAAGCAACAAUUGGGGUUGAAUUUCAGACAGUUUGUGUUGAAAUUAAUGGGAAAGAAGUGAAAGCUCAGAUCUGGGAUACUGCUGGUCAAGAAAGAUUUAGAGCUGUUACUUCUGCUUAUUAUAGAGGUGCUGUUGGUGCUCUUGUUGUCUAUGAUAUCAGCCGCAAAACUACUUUUGAGAGUGUUAGUCGUUGGCUUGAUGAACUCAAUACUCAUUGUGAUACUGCAGUGGCAAGAUUAUUGGUUGGUAACAAGUGUGAUUUAGAAAAUAUUCGAGAGGUGAGUGUGGAUGAAGCCAAAAGUGUUGCUGAGUCUGAAGGAUUAUUUUUUAUAGAGACGUCAGCUCUGGAUUCAACUAAUGUCAGAACGGCAUUUGAGAUAGCAAUCAAAGAGAUCUACAACAAUAUCAGCAGGAAACUAUUAAAUUCAGAUUCAUACAAGGCUGAGUUGUCUGUCAAUCGAGUAAGCCUAACCAAAGAUGGUGCAGAUUCAAAUCGAAGUCGUCUGGGCUCUUGCUGUUCUAGUUGAGAUUCGCCAAAUUUUGUUGUGUUCAAUAAAUUUUUAAUUGUCUGGUUGGAUUUUCAAGUUGUGUCAAAGGGCAGUCAACAAAGAUCCUAUUGACUAUCUAAGAAUUAUGAGAUUUAAUACAAUUGCACAGAAACCCUCUGCUUAGAGCUAUUUAAAUUUAUCAAAAUCUGUCACCUUUAGGUUAUGAACUUUCAGCUGUGCAUUAAACAUAAAUCUAUUCACCA